AUGCCCGGCGUGAAGCCUCACAAAGCGGUCUCAGAGGGCGUCCGAGAGCGUGAAACCUUCAAGUACGACCCCACCCUCUCUCUCACCAGCCGAUUCAACGACUCCGGUGAAGGCAUCCCCAGUCGCGAGCUGGUCUCCUCGGGCGAUGCUGUCCUCACUGCCCUCGCCCAGCUGGGCGCUUGCCAGACCGGCACCGAACGAUCGCUAGUAUCACUAUUCGACAGCUCGGCCCAGCACAUCGUCGCUGAAGCGACUGCCCACCAGCCCCUCUACGCUUCUCUUCCAAGCGAAAAGUGCCGCGAGCCUCUUUGGUUAUGCGGAACCUCAAUACCUCGAAUCCAUGGCGUUUGCGACCUGUCUUUGAUGAACGAUCCUUCCCCCCAAGGGGCUCCAAUUGCUCAGGAGCCGAACGAAACGCCCUUUCUUCCACUCACCUUGUCGCAGGACCUUACUACCGACCCUCGAUUUUCCGCCUCGCCCUUCUGCCGUCCUGGGUCGCUGGCUCGCUUCUACGCCGCCGUACCGAUCCGAACCCGACGAGGAAUUAACAUUGGUGUAUAUUGUGUUCUCGACUCGAGUCCAAAUAAGCCUUGGACCGAUGAUCAUACCGAGCGGCUGAGGGAGAUUUCGCAGACCAUCAUGGGACAUCUCGAGGCCCAGAGGCUACGCGAUCUUUACGGGCGAAGUGAGCGUAUGAACCGUGGCCUAGCUUCCUUUAUUGAAGGAAAGCGGGCUGUGUAUUCCGUAUGUGAGGUUGGCCGUGAGUCGAGAACUGUCACGGACAGGCUCGACAAGGAUAGGAGUAUCGAUCCAAAGGAGGAGUUUGAGGAGGAUGAGGAAGGGGAGGAAGAAAGAGAAGAGGGUGAACAAUAUCAGCCAUCCAAGGCCAAGAGUCCCACAAGCAUCUUCACCAAGGCUGCUACCAUCAUCAGAGAGUCGGUACAAGUAGAUGGAUGCUUCUUUUUUGAUGCUUCGAUGGAGUCAUACAGGGUAAAUUCGUCACUGAAUCUGGGGGAGACAGACUCUAUGGGGAUUAGGUCUACCACCAGCAGCAGCAGCAGCGAUGAAAGCCAAGAUCUCGAGAACAGCCAGACAUCUCGCCAAACAAGUGACCUUCUUGGAUACUCGACGUCAGGUGCCUCCAAUGCGGAUGGUUUGGUUGUGAAGCGGCCUGUCUCUGUUAUCGCCGAGCGGUUCCUGGGCAAAUUAUUACAUCGGUACCCCAGGGGUAAGGUUUUCAACUUUGGCGAAGAGGGCGAAUUGCAGACCUCUGACUCCUCGGAGGAUGAGCUGACAGUCUCCUCGCCCACACAAAACGUGACAGAGCAGCCGAGGUCGCCUUCUGAGAGGAAUGCAAACCUGAAGAAGAAUAAGCCGAGGAAGGAUAUAUGGAGCCGCAGAAAUGAAGGGAACAUUAUCCUUCAAGCGUUCCCAAACGCCCGGAGUGUCGCGUUUAUUCCCAUCUGGGAUCCCAGGAAAGAGAGGUGGUAUGCCGGAGGAUUCAUCUACACCGAAGACCCCUCCCGAGCAUUGACGAUCCUCGGAGACUUAGGAUUUCUUAGAGCUUUUGGAACGCUUGCCAUGGCGGAAGUCCUGCGUUUCCACACAUCGCGGGCCGAAAAAGCCAAAUCCGACGUCUUGGGAUCGCUUUCCCACGAGUUGCGGUCUCCUCUCCAUGGAAUCUUAUUAAGUUCCGAGCUAUUACUUGACACCGAUCUGGACGUUUUUCAAGGCAAUACAGCACACACCAUCGAGACAUGCUCCCGCACUCUCCUGGAUACUAUAGACCACUUACUUGAUUUUUCGAAGGUCAAUAGUUUCACGAUGAGAAAGAGGGCCCGCAAAAUUGAGCCGUCGCCUAUAGCUGUUGCAGGAGUCGACUGGAGAAACUUUGGCAAAAAGAACUUGUUCUCCAACUGCAGGUUGGAUGGUCUUGCAGAAGAAGUUAUUGAAAGCGUAUUUGCCGGAUUUACAUUCCAAAAUUCGCCAAGCAAGCAGCCGCUGCCCCUCAGGCAUCUAGGGAGAAAAGAGAGAGGGAGAAACAGCUCGCACAAGAACAGCGAGGACGUGGAAUUCCGGUUCGCCAACGUGGUGGUAUUCCUGCACAUUGACCCCGGCUGCGACUGGAUGUAUUGCGUGCAACUAGGAGCUUUCCGACGAAUUCUCAUGAAUAUAUUCGGUAACGCAUUGAAAUACACCCACCAAGGAUCAAUCAGGGUAUCACUCACUCAAGACACCAUUUAUUUCAGAGGACAAAAGUCUGACCGUGCCGUCAGAUUCGUGGUACAGGACACUGGCAAAGGUAUUGGGCCCGAAUAUUUACGGCAUGGACUGUUCAAGCCUUUCAGCCAGGAAGAUACUCUUGCACCGGGGACCGGCCUAGGUCUAAGUCUAGUCAAGCGCAUCACAACGCAGCUUGCCGGCCGAAUUGCAGUUGAGAGUAAAGUAGAUGUUGGCACAACAGUGACGGUUGAGCUCCCCUUGGAACCAGUGGCCAAACCACAGGUCGCACACUUCUACUCAGACGACGAUAAGGAAUUCGAGGGCUGGCUUCGAGAUUUAAAAGGACUUCGAGUCAGGAUUAUGUGUCGCCCCGAAUCCGAGAGUCGCGAAAAAAUGGAGGUUCAUAAGAACCACAUUAAGGACGUGUGUGUGCACUGGCUUCAGAUGGAGGUCGUAGUGGAUGAGGACAAGGACGUGAUGCCCGACCUCAUCAUUUGGGCGCACGACGCGAUCCCCAAAGAUUACGACGAAAUCAAGAUUCUCGCCGAAGCUCCGAAUAUUGUUAUUUGCUCGAACGCGCUUGAAGCAUACCGCAGAUCCGAGGCUUUUGACUCACAGGGCCAUUUUGGCAUCUUUGAAUAUAUAUCACAACCAAUCGGCCCUCGUAAGCUGGCAAAGACGCUGUUACUGGCCUACCGGCGCUGGAUGGGCCCGACAAAGAAACGUUCGACGACUAAGCCGUCUCCUCUGCUGGUCCAGCGACCCGAUGGCCCUAAGAGAACACCAAGCAGCUUCACCGUGCCCGAAGUUACCGUGUCUGGCGAGAGUUCACCGGAUGUGGUGGAAAGCAGUCCCGUUGGCAGGGGAGAUAGCACCAGCGAGACGGAGAUGGAAAGCGUGUUUUCUGGCCCUUCUUCCCCACGUCAUGAUGCACCGACAAGCUCUAGUGAGACACUAGUCGGCUUGAGCUCUGGUGACGAGGCGUCGCCGUCGCGUUUGCCCGAGCCCGCACCUUUAGUUCUUCGCACCAAAUUUCUUCUUGUCGACGACAAUCACAUCAACAUUAAAGUACUAUCGGCGUACAUGAAGAAGUCAGGCCUUGAAUAUGAGACCGCAAUGGAUGGACAGGAUGCGUUGAACUGCUUCUCAGAGUCUCCUCUCGCCUAUUCUUGCAUCUUGAUGGAUAUAUCCAUGCCGGUCAUGGAUGGAUUCGAGGCGACAAGGAAGAUCCGGGCGCACGAAUUGCUCAACGGACUGGAGCCGACCUGCAUCAUUGCGCUCUCGGGUCUUGCAUCCGAAGAUGCUCAGAAGGAGGCGUUCGGCAGUGGUAUGGAUUUGUUCUUAACCAAGCCUGUGAAGUGGAAGGCCCUAGGCGGCCUGCUCGAGUCAAGAGGCCUGCUAAAGAAGUGA